AUGUCGAGUCUUAAGUCUUCAUUUACAGUAGGAAUAUUUUAGUCUUUAAGUUUUUGCGGGUUGAGAUAGAAGAUUUUAAAAAAUAUUGCCUUUUAACCACCGAAAGUGAGUUACUCUUUGAAACCGAGAUAGGACGAUUAGAUGACAAAGAGUACCUUAACAAAUACUUCGUCUCUUUAAGUUAUUGACUUAGAAAAUGAGAUGCGAUAGAAAUCUAAAUCGUAUGAUGAUGAAAACAUUCAUCAAUUGGGUUUGUUAGAUUUGGCAGACGAACUGUUGUAGUUUACAAGUGAAUCUUUAAGUCCAUUACGAGAGAAGUAAGGAUAAUAAUAGUAGAAUAGAAUAACCGAACCAGCUUAAGACUUUUAUUUAAUUGAUGAACAAGGUUAAGAAAUUCCAAUUCCAAAAUAAGAAAAUUUAGAACUGACUGGAUAUUUUUUAAAAGGAAGGAAAGGACAUCGAAUUGCUUCUCUAUACAUAAAGUGUUUAUUUCCAUUGAGUGAUUAUGUGAUGUUAUUCAGUCAUGGUAAUGCCAGUGAUUUGGGUUACAUGAUUGAUACAUUAAUUGGUAAUAAUUAUAAUUCAAAUUCUUUAAGACCUUUGUAACAAUUUGAGAAUAAACAUAUUUGCUUAUGAAUAUUCUGGUUAUGGACUUUCACAAGGCAAAUGCACAGAUCUCAAUAUCAUCAAUAACAUCUAAGUUGCUUAUGAUUUUUUGGUUUCAUAAAUGAAGUUUGAUCCAACUAAAAUAAUUGUUUAUGGUUAUAGUAUUGGAUCCGGACCCAGCGUAAUGUUAGUAUCUGAUAUUGAAUUCCCAGUUGGCGGUUUGGUAGUUCAUUCAGGUUUAAGUUCAGGGUUGAGAGUAGUUAAUAGCAAGUUAAAGUCAACUCCAUUUUAUGAUAUUUUUCCAAAUGUAGAUAGAAUAAAGGAUGUCACUUGUCCUGUAUUUAUAAUGCAUGGAAAGGAGGAUGAGGUUAUAGAUUUGCAUCAUGCUCAAUUAUUGUCAAACAAUUGUCAAAGAUUGUAUGAAUAUUGGGAGGUUGAAAAUAUUGGACAUUAGGGAAUUGACACAAAUGAUGAGCAUCGCAAAAACUAUUUCUACAAAUUAAGGGAUUUCAUUAAAUGUAUAUUUAGAAUUUAUAACAUCAGUAAUUCAAAAGGAGAAUUAAACAAUCAAAGAACUCAAACAAAGAAACACUGCUAGUCCUAAAUCAAAUGGGUAGUAUAACCAUUACUAUGAUAAUAAGAUAAGGGAGUUUCAUUUAAAUUGUAAGAAGGUCGAAGAUUCUGAUUCUCCUUCGAAAAAAUUUCGUUGA